AUGCAGAACUUGGACAUUAACCACAGCUUGAGCAAUAAAACAGUGGUUAAUUUUUCCACCCUUUAUACAAAAGUGAUAUUUGUGCAGAUUCUGGUGGGCAUUUUCCUCUAUGUGAACUGUUUGAUGAUUUACACUUUUCUGAAAAAGGAGAUGUUCAGGGAAGAGACUCGCUACAUUUUAUUUGCACAAACUUUGUUGGUUGACUCUGCUUUCAUGGUGUUAUCUGAUGUGCUCUUGAUUUGGGGUUAUUACCAGUACGUCAUUCACACGAUUCCUUGUUUAAUCAUAUGUACAGUUGUAACUGUUCUGACUGUGUGUACUCCGCUGACUCUUGUGGCAAUGUGUCUGGAGCGCUAUGUUGCUAUAUGCAUGCCUUUAAGACAUGCUGACAUCUCCACCAGCAGGACCAGAUUCCGAGGACUCCUGAUAAUAUGGAGUAUCAGUUCCAUGAUUCCAUUGUUCACCUUAAUAGCCUAUUUGGCUGUUAUCCCUUCAGGUGCUCUGUUGUCCUAUACAGUAUGUAGUGUGGAACUAAUGUUAGGAAAAGACUGGCAGGCCGAAGCACGUUCUAGCAUGUUCCAGGUCCUUUUUCUCUUCAUGAUCAUUAUCAUUGCCUUUACCUACAUUAAGAUAAUGAUUGCAGCCAGAGCAGCCUCCUCAGAGAAUAAGAAACUGACCAAAAAGGGUCUCAGGACUGUGAUCCUGCAUGCUGUCCAGCUACUUCUGUGUUUAAUGCAGUUUUUAAACCCAUAUAUAGAAAUGAUAUUUUGGAAGGUUGAUAUAAUGUUGUUUGUAAAUGUAAGAUAUUCUAAUUUUAUUGUGUUUAUUAUUGCACCACAUUGUCUUAGUCCAUUAAUAUAUGGUCUUAGAGAUGAAAAGUUUUUCCUUGUAUUAAGACAUCAUGCUAUGUGUGGUUUGGACAGCCUUCUUCUAGUUCUGCUUAGUCAGUCAAAAAUAAGACCUAAGUAA